UUCCGUUUACAUUCGAAUAAACAGCUGGCACUUCGUAGACUAAACUAAAGACAUAAAACCAGUCGUUGCCAUCAACGGAAAUCUUGUAGCGUCUUUGUUGAAAACAACAACAACAGCAGUUCUUGCUUUUGUGUGAGUUGUAAGACUUACAUGGAAGUAUUGAUGAGAUGCCCAACGGAAAUAAAAGGCGACCGGAUACUUUGGAAUUAGAGGUACUCCGAGCACAAACACCUGCACGCCAAACCAGCCGAACCCAAUCACCAGUGCCACAGAGACCAGCAGCUUCGACCAAACCCAGACGUUAUGCCUCGGUGGACAAUGAACAGCAACAGCCAAGAGCGACAACAGCGACAGCAGCAACAACUGCACCAACAUCUCAACCACCAUCCACAUUUCCCAAUUCGACCCCCCUAACCAGUGUCGACAGCCGGUCGAGACGUUGGUAUCAUUUCGGUGGCAUGUUCUCACGUAAUGCCGCUUCGAACACAGCGACCACAACCACCAGCACUGCCAAUUUGGAAGCAGCCACUGCGACUCUAGCCAAACCAGAGCCGUCCACCAUUGACAAUUCAACGGCCACGAUACUCACCUUGUCGCCCCACAAUGCCGACGACAAUCUACCCGAUGUGGCCGCUGUCCAACCCAGGCAACAACAGCAGCAACAACACCAGGGUUCGUUCAAACGAAGAUCACACAAAUCCCGCUCCGGAAGUCUUUACAGUUUGGCCACUCUGGCCCAGACGGGUGAAGUUCAGUUACAUUCACGCAGCAAUUCCUGCAACAAAUUCAAAGACAAAGAAGCCGAACUGGAAGCAGAGGCAGCCCUGAUGUACGACGACCAGGUUGCCAAAGCCAAAGAGAAAACCCUGCUAACCAGUCAGCCACCUUCAUUCGAUAAUGUCGAUGAAAUCACCGACACCAUCGGUCCAGAAACGAAAUCUGGCCUUAGGGCCAAUCUCAUGUCCUUCCUGAGUAAAUUGGGCAUCUGGAAGAAUUCCAAUUGUCGGCCACCGCGCAAACGAUCAUCGUUGCGUUCGAAACACACAACGCCAAGUGGUUACAGUGCGACAGGUGCGAGUAGUAGUUUGACCGGUCGGAAAUCGGUAACGCUGAGUUGUGAAUUUGAACAAUUUCCCGCCGGCGAUAAUGGCGAUGAAAAGACGGCGGGACGUUUGGCAAAUGCCAAAGAGCUUGGCAAAAGGCGUCUCUCACAAAUGCGUCGGCGCAGAAGUUCCUAUUAUUUUUCAGAUAAUGAACGCAGAAUACGUGCUAAUGAUCGGGAGUUCAAUGCCCAGUUCAAAUAUGCCGACAACUACAUUAAAACGUCCAAGUAUUCGAUGAUGACAUUUUUGCCCUUCAACCUUUUGGAGCAAUUUCAACGUUUAGCGAAUUUUUAUUUCCUUUGUCUGCUGGUGCUGCAACUAAUCCCGGCCAUAUCGUCACUGACACCCGUUACUACAGCCAUUCCAUUAAUCGGUGUGCUAACCUUGACCGCCGUCAAAGAUGCCUAUGACGAUAUUCAACGUCAUGUCUCAGAUUCUCAGGUGAACAAUCGCAAAUCGAAAGCUUUACGAAAUGGAAAACUGGUCGAUGAGAGAUGGUCCGGUGUCCAGGUUGGUGAUGUGAUACGCCUGGAGAACAAUCAAUUUGUGGCAGCCGAUAUUCUCCUGCUAAGCACCUCGGAACCAAAUGGUUUGUGUUUCAUCGAAACGGCCGAACUGGAUGGCGAAACGAAUCUCAAAUGUAAACAAUGUCUGACGGAAACCAUUGAACUUGGCGAUAACCAUGACCAGCUGUGGAAUUUCAAUGCCGAAAUAAUCUGCGAGAAGCCCAACAAUCUGUUGAAUAAAUUCGAGGGGACAUUGCUGUGGCGCAAUCAACGCUACGCCCUGGACAAUGAGAAGAUCCUGUUGCGGGGCUGUGUGCUGCGUAACACGCAAUGGUGUUAUGGCGUGGUUGUUUUCGCCGGCAAAGAUACGAAGCUGAUGCAGAAUUCCGGCAAGACGCAGUUUAAGAGCACCGGUGUUGAUCGUCUGUUGAAUUUCAUUAUUAUUGGUAUCGUAUUGUUUUUGUUAUCCAUCUGCGCAUUCUUUACACUAGCCUGUGCUAUAUGGGAGGGAGUCAUUGGUCAACAUUUCCAGGCCUAUUUGCCAUGGGAAAAUAUAAUACCAAAAAAUAUUGUUCAAGGAUCAACCGUUAUAGGAUUGUUAGUAUUUUUCUCUUAUGCCAUUGUAUUAAAUACCGUAGUGCCAAUAUCACUCUACGUUUCAGUAGAGGUUAUACGUUUUGUUCAAUCAUUCCUAAUCAACUGGGAUGAACAAAUGUAUUAUGAACCAACUAAAACCCAUGCCAAAGCCCGUACCACCACCCUCAACGAAGAAUUGGGCCAAAUUCAAUAUAUAUUCUCCGAUAAGACCGGCACCCUAACCCAAAACAUAAUGACCUUCAACAAGUGCAGUAUUAAUGGUCGGACCUAUGGCGAUGUCAUCGAUUUGCGUACCGGCGAAGUGAUCGAGGUGACAGAUAAUGAAACCGAAACAAGUAAAGGUAACAGCCGGAAGAGUGCAAUGAAAAAGAGUGGAAACACUGUUAGCGGUGAGGAGAAUAUGUCGUCGUCCAAACGUUUGCACAAAGUCGAUGUGCAUUUUGUCAAUGCAUCACCAACGAACACCACCAAUACUCCUCUACCCGCCACCACUACCACUACCACCACCACCAGUUUGUCUUCCAAAUGGCAAAAAGACCAACAACGGCAACAACAACAACAGGAAGAAGAAGAUGUAUUUAACAAUACACUUUUCAACGGCACCGUCGGUUCUUCCAAUGGCGCCAGCUAUGUUCGAAAGACCAGAGCCAUGGCACCUGUAGACUUUUCUGCAAAUCCCGAAUAUGAACCUGAAUUUCGUUGGUAUGACCGAACGUUGCUGGAUGCCGUGCGUUCGGAUGAAGAGCAUGCCCACAAUUUCUUUCGUCUGUUGGCCUUGUGUCACACCGUUAUGCCGGAGACGGUUGAGGGGCGUCUGGAGUAUCAAGCUCAAAGUCCCGAUGAGUCCGCCCUGGUAUCGGCGGCUAGAAAUUUCGGUUUUGUAUUUCGUUCUAGAACACCGAACAGCAUUACCAUUGAGGUAAUGGGACGAAAGGAGGAAUAUGAAUUGCUGCAUAUUUUGGAUUUCAAUAAUGUCCGCAAACGUAUGUCAGUCAUUCUGAGACAGGGUGAUCGUAUAUUCCUAUACUGCAAAGGUGCUGAUAGUGUUAUCUAUGAUAGACUGAGUUCGAGCCAACAUGAAAUGAAAGCGCGUACCCAAGAUCAUUUAAAUAAAUUCGCUGGCGAAGGUUUGCGAACGCUUGUCUUGGCUGAACGACCAUUAACAAGCGAGUUCUAUGAGGGGUGGAGCAAACGCCACUUAGAGGCUUCCGUGUCACUGGAUAAUCGUGAGGACAAGCUAGGUGCGGUCUAUGAAGAGGUCGAAAGUGAUUUGCUGCUGGUCGGUGUUACCGCCAUAGAAGACAAACUGCAGGACGGAGUACCUGAAACGAUAGCCAACUUACAAAUGGCUGGCAUAAAAAUUUGGGUAUUAACCGGGGAUAAGCAGGAAACGGCCAUUAACAUUGGAUAUUCAUGUCAAUUACUUACCGAUGAUUUAGCUGAUGUUUUUAUUGUCGAUGGCAGCACCCUGGAGGAGGUGGAGAGGCAAUUGAGACAGUUCAAAGAGUCCAUAAGAAUAGUAAAUCGAUUUAGGCCGCCACCCUUUAAUUCCACCAUCAAUCUGAAUUUAAACGGUUCCCACGAUCACAAUGAUCGCAGUACUGCAGCAGCUCUGAAAAUGUCCCAGAUCUCACCACCACCGCCGCCGGCAAUAUCAGUCGUCACCUUUAGGUGGGAUGAUGAAGACAAUAAUAAGCGUAACAAGGGCGAACCGGACAGUGCUGAAACAAAUGAAUUGUAUGACACAUUGGAAAAAGGUGGCAGUGCAGCACGAAAUGCGCUAAGGGAUGAUGAAAUUGUGGAGGAAAACACUGGCUUUGCAAUUGUCAUAAAUGGCCAUUCUUUGGUCCAUUGCCUAUCGCCAGAAUUGGAAUCAAGAUUUCUCGAUAUUGCCUCCCAGUGCAAGGCUGUUAUAUGCUGCCGAGUCACACCUUUGCAAAAGGCAUUGGUGGUGGAAUUAAUAAAACGUGCCAAGAAUGCAGUUACCUUAGCAAUAGGUGAUGGUGCCAACGAUGUCUCAAUGAUUAAAGCCGCCCACAUUGGUGUUGGUAUAUCUGGACAAGAGGGUUUACAGGCUGUAUUGGCAAGCGAUUAUUCAAUUGCCCAAUUUCGUUACUUACAAAGACUUUUAUUGGUGCAUGGACGUUGGUCCUAUUAUCGCAUGUGCAAAUUCUUGCGUUAUUUCUUUUAUAAAAACUUUGCAUUUACCCUUUGCCAUUGUUGGUAUUCAUUUUUUUGUGGCUUCAGUGCACAGACUGUUUUCGAUCCCAUGUUUAUAUCGGUGUAUAAUCUAUUUUAUACAUCUCUGCCGGUACUGGCGCUGGGCGUAUUCGAACAGGAUGUGUCUGAUAAACACAGUCUGGAAUAUCCCAAAUUGUAUACCCCGGGCCUAAGAAGUCAAUUGUUUAAUACCAAAGAAUUUGUGUAUAGUGUUUUACAUGGUGCCUUUAGUUCUUUAAUAUUAUUUUUAAUACCCUAUGGUACUUAUCACAAAGGCGUUUCGCCAAAUGGUUUAAUUUUAAGUGAUCACAUGACUCUGGGAGCGGUUGUAGCCACUAUUUUAAUUAUUGAUAAUACAGCACAGAUAGCCUUAUAUACAUCGUACUGGACAAUAGCCAACCACAUAACCAUAUGGGGUAGUUUGAUUUGGUACUUUGUGCUCGAUUACUUUUACAAUUAUGUGAUUGGUGGCCCCUAUGUGGGCUCACUUACCAUGGCCAUGGGCGAUUUAACAUUUUGGGCCACCAUGUUUAUAACAGUGGUGCUGAUAAUGACACCAGUAUUAGCGUACAAAUUCUAUUUAAUAGACGUACAACCAAGCCUAGCCGAUAUGAUACGCAUGAAGAGACGUCAAGCAAGCCUCAAAUCACGACACACCAGCAGUGUUACAAGAGCCCCGUCUUCACGAAGAUCAAGGCGGUCGCUACGUUCAGGUUACGCUUUUGCCCACCAGGAGGGCUUUGGUCGUCUUAUUACUUCGGGUAAAAUUAUGCGAAAAUUGCCGCAAGAGUUUGCUUUCCCACUAGGUUUGGGUAGCAAAAAGGUGCAAAGUUCCGGUGCUGCCCACCAAGAUGCCAAGACUAACAACAAUAACAGUGUGCGUGAUAACAAUAAAAAUGCUGCAGAUGUAGAUAUAGUAGAUCCAACAACGGCUACAGCACUCAAUGAUGCCUUAACCAAUCAAGACCAUAGCAACGAUGGCAUAAGUCCACGUGCUCCUUGCCAAGAUUUAGAUACGAUAAAUCUCUAAAAAACAAAAUCAUCAAGAAACUCAAACGGAAAUCACAAAUGCCCAAGCAGAUAGCCGAACAUAAACCAAAUCUUCAAUUAUUUUUCAUUGUUGGAAAAGAAACACGUAGGAAUAUUGAAAACAACUACAACAACUAUUUAGACUUAACGAUUUUUUAAUUUAAUUUAUAAUUCUAAUAUAAGGUCAAACAGAAAAAAAGAUACUAUGUAAAUAUAUAUCAACUUUUUUUUGAUAUAUACACGAAUUGAUUAGAAAACAAAAAACAUUUUUCAAAAAAUCAAAAAAACCAACAAAACACACAUUAGCUUUAAUAUUAAAAAAAAUACCAGAGAUGAUGAUCUGCUGCUACGACUAAAACUAUUUCUAAACACUAUUUUUAGGGUAUUCGAUAAAACAAAUCGUUAAAAAAAGAUCUAUUCAUACUAAGUACGUACAUUCAUACAUACCGACCGACAUGCCUCCAUUUGUAAAUUGUGACAAACAUUACCAAAAAGAAAAAACAAAACACAAAACCUCUUCUAUAUAUUUAUAUUCUUUCAAACAAACACCUGAUGGAAAAAAACAACAUUGUUGGCUAUUAAACUCAGUUCUAUGUCAAAAGUUAAAAAACACAAAAUUUUCUUUUGGUUGUUUUACACAUACUUACAUACAUUUAUAUACCUACAUAUAUUUAAUAGAAGACAAAAAUACACUCUCACUUAAAUACAUACAUACAUAUAUAGCAUGUUAUUUAGUUGUUUACUAGCAGGACUUUGACGAAUAUAUUCAGGAUUAUAAGUUUUUUUUGAAAUGGUUACUUACAAUGUGCUGUCAUAACACAGAGCUAUAGAUUAUUGAAUAUAAUUUAAA